AUGCAGAACAUUGAAGGAAAGAUUGUUGAUUUAUAUAUCCCAAGAAAGUGCUCAGCAACCAAGAGAUUAAUUUCAUCAAAGGAGCAUGGAGCUGUUCAAAUCGACGUUGCCUUAGUUGAUGAUGAAGGAGUUGCAACUGGCCAGUUCGUUAGUCUCGCAAUUUCUGGAGCUGUUAGACAGAGAGGAGAAAGUGAUGCAUGUUUGAAUCGUCUAUUAAACGAAAAACAAAUGCUUAGCUUCUCCAGAUAA